AUGUCGACGAACGCAAAACAGCCUGCUGGUAAGAACAUCAAGUAUCCAUGGUGGUACGGGGGUGCAGCGGGUAUCUUCGCUACCAUGGUGACGCAUCCUCUGGACCUGGCCAAAGUCAGACUGCAGGCGGCUCCUAUGCCCAAGCCCACACUGUUCAAGAUGCUGGAGAGCAUCUUGGCUAAUGAGGGUGUGGUCGGGCUGUAUUCCGGUCUGAGCGCUGCUGUGUUGCGUCAAUGCACAUACACGACGGUGAGAUUCGGUGCGUACGACCUGUUGAAAGAGAGGGUGAUUCCGGACGACCAAUUGACCAAUAUGGCGUAUCUGCUGCCUUGCUCUAUGUUCAGUGGUGCCAUCGGCGGUCUAGCAGGGAAUUUUGCCGAUGUCGUUAAUAUCAGAAUGCAGAACGACUCUGCCUUGGAGGUGGCGAAAAGGAGAAACUACAAGAAUGCUGUAGAUGGUGUGUACAAGAUAUAUCGCUACGAGGGUGGGUUGAAGACUUUGUUCACGGGCUGGAGGCCCAAUAUGGUCAGGGGCAUACUGAUGACCGCAAGUCAGGUCGUCACGUAUGACGUCUUUAAGAACUACCUGGUCACGGAAUUGAAUUUCGAUGCGUCCAAAAACUACACGCACUUGACCGCAUCACUGCUGGCUGGGCUAGUAGCCACCACGGUGUGUUCUCCAGCGGAUGUUAUGAAGACUCGUAUUAUGAACGGCAGCGGGGAUCAUCAACCGGCUUUGAAGAUCCUUGCCGACGCCAUCCGCAAGGAGGGCCCCUCUUUCAUGUUCCGAGGUUGGCUGCCAAGUUUCACAAGAUUGGGACCAUUCACGAUGUUGAUUUUCUUUGCAAUUGAACAGUUAAAGAAGCACAGGGUGGGCAUGCCAAAGGAAGGUAAAUAG